AUCCCCCAGAAGCCCAUCAAGUCGGUGUGAUCAUCACCGCCGGGUUCUCCUCCGCCGAUUUCUUCCGGACCACGAACCGGACGCCGCUGCUGUGCAUCCCGUCCCUGCUUGAAAAAAGCUCAACUCCGCCGGAGUCCGUGCAUAUCCCCGUCGAUUCUCGAGGUAUCCCGGCUGUAUUCGAGGUCCUUGUCAUCGUUUCCCGCCAACUAUACGACUCGUGUAGUGUCCUUCGCGUCCGAUUGUCCCUGUGCCCUCCUCCCAGGGUUGGUGCAUCCGUCCUUCGUAGGUAAUUAUAUUUUUUUUCAUGUUUAAGUUAGUAGGAUCGUAGGGGGCAUUUUGGAUGAUCUUCGAAUUACAAAUUAACAAUGACUUCAAGUAUGCUGACUGGGGAGCGAAGGUUUACUUCUGCUAGGAGAGGUGGCCUCACCGUCCUUGGAAAAGUUGCUGUUCCUAAACCCUUGAACUUACCAAGUCAAAGAUUAGAGAACCAUGGACAGGACCCGGGUGUUGAAAUUGUUCCUAAGGGAACUCUCAGUUGGGGAAGUAAAACAUCAUCGUCGACUCUAAAUGCAUGGACUUCCUCCACAUUGUCCCCAAAUGCUGAUGGUGGCACUAGCUUACCGAGUAGACCAUCUACUGCUGGUAGUGAUAAAACACAUGAACCUAGUAUGAGUGCAUGGACUUCGAAUUCUCGGCCAUCUUCGGCCUCUGGUGCACUAUCCUCGAGUCAAGCAUCAUUGACAUCCUUACGCCCGCGAAGCGCAGAGCCUAGGCCUGGCAGCUCACAACUUUCACGUUUUGCAGAAUCCGGCUCAAACAUUCAAACAGCAUGGGGACCUGGUUCUUCUGCAGAGCGAUUGGCGGUUUUAAACGCUAAAAACGACGGCUUUUCUCUAAGCUCUGGGGAUUUUCCUAGUCUUGGUUCUGAAAAAGAUAAUCGCGAGAAGACGAGUGAGCCACAAGAUCAUAACUCUCACGGUGUUCCUAGCUCACCUUCUGAUAAACUCUCACAUGACAUGGGGAAGUUUGAUGGAGCUGACCCUGAGCAUGACUUCCAAAAUGGAGAAGUUGAUACGUGGAGAAGAGAUGGCCCCCAGCAUGUUGAUAAUGGCACGCACGUGUGGCAAGGGGAUCCCCACCAGUUUUCUAAUUCUGAUGUUCGCCCUCAACAUUUUGAUGCAUGGCAUGGUCCUAUGCCUCCUCCAACUGGUGUUUGGUACAGGGGACAUCCUGGAGCACCUCCUUAUGGACCCCAUGUUGGUCCGGGUGGAUUUCAAUUUGAACAGUAUCCGUAUUACGGGCCCCACCAAAUCCCCCACCUAGCCAAUUCACAGCCAGUGCCUUCUCAAGGGCAUGGUCCUAGAGGGUCCCACCCAAGAAGUAAUGAUUUAUAUAGGGCACAGAUGCCAGACGCUUGUAUUCACCCCGGUAUGCCAUUUCGGCCUGGAUAUUACCCCGGACCAGUAGCUUUUGAGGGAUAUUAUGGACCGCCUAUGGGGUAUUACAAUUCCAGUGAGCGGGAUAUUUCACUUAUGGGCAUGCCUACGGGGCCUGCUGUUUUGAAUAGAUAUCCAGCGCCAAAUGUUCAAGAUGCAAACCAUUCACAUGCCAGAGCAGCUAGACAUGGCGGUGCCAAUAACACGUUCUUGCAGGAACAUGGAGAACCUGCUCAUCCUGAUUGCGCUCGACAGCCAUAUAAAGUUCUUCUAAAGCAUCACGGUGAAUGUGAUCGUGGAGUUGGGGGAGAGGAUCGAAAAUGGCCCACACCUGCUAUUACUGUACAUGGAGAAAGGAGGUUUCAGCCUGGGGGAAUGAAGAAUGAAUGGGAAGUCUGCAGUAGUGAUGAAGCAAUGAUUGAAAACUCUAAUUUACAGGAUGUUGAUAAUCAAAGAGGUGAUUUUUCAGAUAAUGUUAAAUUCAAAUCUGUAGAAGGUUUGGACAAUGUAAGGACAGCUCCAGACAAUUGGGUUGGAAGAUCAGUAACUACAGAGUCCACUCAUAAAAUGACUAUGCAAAGAGGUCCAGUUUUGGCAGUUGCGGGCAACGAAUCAAAUUUAAUGAAGAAGAUUGAAGGUUUGAAUGCAAAAGUUCGUGGUCAUGAAAGCCAUUUUGAUCCACGAAGUGACGAACAAAGUAGGGCAUAUGUUAAUUCCAAGGUUGACAAUUUUAUAGGUGAUGAAUCCAGAAGCUCAUCUAAGCAUUUUGAAACCACCCAUGCCUCUGACAUCUCAAGGACAAGCUAUCAUGGAACACAAGGUAGAAGUGAUCAUUAUCCUGCUAAAGCCAAGUUUAAUCAUCAUGACGACGGUUGGCGAAAGCAACCUCUUUCUGCUGAAUGUUCUUCUAUGUGCGCAUCUCAUAGUACUGUACCUUCUUCUAGUGUGCAAAGUAAUAUCUCAUAUCCUCAAAUUGAGGAUAUGAAACAUACCUUAAGUAGUGCACAGGAAAAGGAUGAGAAAGAAUUCAUGCCUGAAUCAUUUGAUGGCCAGACACAGCGUGCUAAAAAGGAAGAGUUGGAGAAGCGUGCCUUACAGCUACGGAAAGAAGAGGAAGAACGUACUAGGGAGCAGAAAGCCAAGGCUCUUGCUAAACUUGAGGAAUUGAAUCGCCGUAUGCAGGGAGGAGAUGAUGCUUCUUCAACUCAGAAGUCUGAAAAGGCCAAGCAAGAGCAUGUACAGUGUGCACUUAUUGAAUCACCUGAUGAACCUCUAUCCACAAAACCUGAUGACGUUGUUGAAGUAAAUGAGCGCAUCCCCCCUAGCCAAGGAGAUGAAACAGCUGACUUGCAACCUAUGAUUGAGCAGGGACCGACUUUGACACAUCAGCAGGAAUUUGGCCUCGCUGGUCCCAAGCAGCUGACCCUCCCACCCAGUGACAGGUAUAGUAAGCAAAGGCAGAAUGUCUCCCUCCCUAGCCAGGGUGAUGAAACAGCUGUCUUUCAACCUAUGAUCGAACACAGCCCGACUUUGACACGUCAAGAAGAUCUCAACACCGCCAGUGCCAAGCAGCCAACCCUCCCAUCCAGUGACAUACAUAAUAAACGUACUGCUGGCCACAAGCAAAGGCAGAAUGUUGCCAUUCAUAAAGAUCUGAACAGACCAUCAGCUCCAUCAAUGGGUACUAGUGACCCUCCAAAGAAUUAUUCUGAUGCGUCAACCGAUGGUGACAUUCUUGGUGGUGAGUCAAAAAAUCCUAUCGCUAUCAGUACAUUGACAGAGUCCGGUUUGCAACAGAGAAAGAAAGGCAAUAGGAAUGGUAAGAACAAGCAGAAGAUGGAUGACACACGGUCUAUCCCAGCUGCUUCACUUCCCACUGCAAUGCAGGCAGACAGUACAACUGGAAAAUCCUCUGAGAAUGAAGUUUUAGUUAUAAGCUCUGUUCGGGCAACAAUAAAGAGUGACAAUGUACUGCAAAUUUCAGAGCCUCACACUCUGAGCAAAGAGGGCCAUGGCAGAGUGAAUGAUCAGCGAAAGCCUCAGCACCCUCACAGGAUAUCAAGAAAUCAACGUGGUAAUCGAUUUGGGGAUAAAUCACAUGGAAGUGAUGCUGUCGUGUGGGCUCCAGUGCAACCACAGGCCAAACAUGUUUCUGACAUUGAAUCCAGUCAGAAAAAGGUCCUACCUGAUGAUCAUACUACCCCCACAAUGGGUGACAAUGUGAUGCACCGGAGUAGUCAUGAUAAUUCGAGUAAAAGCAAGCGGGCUGAAAUGGAGAGGUACGUUCCAAAGCCCAUUGCAAAAGAGAUGGCCCAGCAGGCAAGUGGUCAUCAACACCACACGUCACUCACUUUUGGAACUCACACAGUUUCUGUAAAUGCGGACAGUAAUUUAGAUGGUUGGGGGAUGCCUAUUGAUACAGGAGCACAACACGUGUCUUUCGGAACUGUAGAUGAAGUAGGCAGCACUACAGGCAAAGGUAAAUUGAGUUCUUCUACCAGACAAGACUGUGAUAAAAGCACAGUAAAAGCUGCUAGGUCUGAUAAUGGCAGAAACAGUAGAAACAGUGAGACUGGAAGAAAUCACAGUCAACCGGUGGUGGUGCAGGAGACAAAGGAGAUGGACAAAACAGCAGUUGGUGCUAAAGAAAACCGUGUUACUGUGUCUCAUUGGAAACCAAAAUCUUACGUGAAUGCUCCUCCACAUUGUGAAAAUCAGAAUGAAGUUCAGGAUGAGGUUUAUGUGAAACAGCAGCGGGAGGAGCCCAGAAGAGAGGUAAAGCAACAUUCACAGAAGCGGGAGGAGCCUAGAAGAGAGGGAAAACUACAUUCACAGCAGCGGGAGGAGCCUAGAAGAGAGGGAAAGCAACAUUCACAGCAGUGGGAGGAGCCUAGAAGAGAGGGAAAACAACAUUCACAGAAGUGGGAGGAGCCUAGAAGAGAGGGAAACCAACAUUCAUACAGAGGAGGGAGACCAUUCUCCCCGAACCAACCUCCUCCUGUUGGCUUGAAUGAUGAAGAUUUCCCCGCUGAAACUCAACACAGCCGGCGCUUUACCUCCUCAGGGUUCAGAAGGGGCGGCACACAAAGCCACCACCACAUUAGUAGGGGUGGGGGAGAAUCAAGCGAAGAUUGGUCUGCUGGGCCUGAAGAUAACCGGGAAAUGCGACGUUAUAAUAAUAACAAUAACAAUAAUAAAAACAACAGCAAUAACAUGCAUUAUGAAUAUCAGCCGGUUGGACAACACAAUAAUAAGUCAGGCAACUCUGGUGUUCCAGCAGCAUUUAGCUCUCAAAAUGCUGCACCAAAAUAUAGAGAGACGGGACAUUCUAGACGUGGAAGCCGUAGUAAUUUUUACGAGCGGAGAGGCACUGCCAAUUAUGAUUAAAGAUGGUAAGUAUGCGUUGUGGAGUGACAGAUUUCUGCUAUAUGUUUUGUUUGUCAGGUUUGGACCAGUUAUUUUGUUCACUGAUUACACGCCUGUGGUUGGUUCAAGCAGACCAUUCUUAGAGGGGAAAACACAAAGGAGCUCAAACCCGAUCUUGAAUAUUAUUGUCGUCUUCUUCUCCAUGUUCACCGUCAUUGGAUGAUUUCAAAGAACGAAGGUUUGGUGUUUGAAGUUAUUUGAGAGCACAUAAAUCUCUGAUUCUUGUCUCAGUUUUUUAUUUUUGUGGUUCCGCUCGUGCCACCGUACUUGAUUUAUACACCGUAUAAUGUUAUUCACAUUCUCUAUUUUUCAUCAUUUUAGUGUAAUUUCAACUUUCAUGGAGGAAGUCCCACUCGUAGUAGUGGUGGGCACAUGCUUUGGUGAUUUUUCGUUCU